CUCCCCUCUGCUCUCUGACUUUCUAUCGCCUCUUAAAAAAAAAAAAAGCCCCUCAAAAACAAGCCUAAAGAUUUUCCCUUCCAGCCUGAUCGAUCAGCUCUCUGGACCCUCCGCAGUGACUGGGGGAGAAAUGCGUCUAGUGGCAGCGGGACCUCUGCUGUGUGAGAGCCGCUUCUGACAGCUGAGCUCCUUCGGCAAUGCCACGGUCCCCCUCUCUGAUGAGACCAUGAGAACCCACACCCGCGGGGCCCCCACAGUCUUCUUCAUAAGUCUGCUGUGGCCCCUGCUGCUCGCCCCGGCUGCCGCGGAGGUGGACCCCGGUGGAGGAAUCCCCUUCAUGGGAGGCAACUACAAUGGUCAUCCCAUGCUGUACUUCGGAAGGGGGGACGUUGAGGAGCUCCAGUUCGCCGCCGCAGGGAGUCAUCAGGAGAUGGCGAGGCGGAUCCGGCUGGCCGGGGAGACUAUGCUGGAGCACCCGGAGGAGUACCUGCCCCCCUGGAGCCCCGCUGAGUUCAGCGCCCGUUGGAACGAGGUGUACGGAAACAACCUGGGUGUGCUGUCCAUGUUCUGCCUGCUGUACCCACACAGAGCCGGGGCGCUGGACCUGGCCAAGGACUACAUGGAGAGGAUGGCGGCUCAGCCUAGUUGGUUGGUGAAAGACGCCCCUUGGGAUGAGGUGCCCUUGGCGCACUCUUUGGUCGGGUUCGCCACCGCUUACGACUUCCUGUACGAGUACUUGAACAAGGGCCAGCAGGAGCGUUUCCUCCAAGUGAUCGGCAACGCCUCCCGUCUCAUGUACGAGAAGUCCUACGUCCGAGGCUGGGGGUUCCAGUACCUACACAACCACCAGCCCACCAACUGCGUGGCUCUGCUCACAGGAAGCCUGGUUUACAUGACCCAAGGUUAUCUUCAGGAGGCCUACCUGUGGACCAAGCAGGUGCUGUCCAUCAUGGAGAAGUCCAUGAUCCUUCUUCAGGAUGUGACGGAUGGCUCCCUGUAUGAAGGAGUGGCCUAUGGGACUUACACCACCCGCUCUCUGUUCCAGUACAUGUUCCUGGUGCAGCGCCACUUCUCCAUCAGCCACUUCGACCACCCCUGGCUCCUGAAACACUUCGCCUUCCUGUACAGGACCAUACUUCCUGGAUUCCAGCGGACUGUAGCCAUUGCAGAUUCCAACUACAACUGGUUUUACGGGCCGGAGAGUCAGCUGGUCUUCUUGGACCGCUAUGUGUUGCGUAAUGGCAGUGGAAACUGGCUGGCAGAGCUGAUUCAUCAGAACAGGGUGACAGACGGGCCAGGGCAGGCUGGCAAAGGCCAGCGAUGGUGUACUCUCCACACGGAGUUCAUCUGGUAUGAUCCAGGCCUGUCUCCCAAGCCUCCAUCAGAUUUUGGAACAUCUCAACUCCACCACUUUGAGGACUGGGGUGUGGUGACCUACGGCAGCGCUUUACCUGCAAACACCAACCACUCCUUUCUCUCCUUCAAGUCAGGGAAACUGGGGGGACGUGCCAUUUUUGACAUUGUUCACAAGAACAAGUACAAAGAGUGGAUCAAGGGGUGGAGGAACUUUAACGCUGGCCACGAGCACCCUGAUCAGAACACUUUCACCUUUACGCCCAAUGGUGUUCCAUUCAUCACUGAGGCACUAUACGGACCCAAGUACACUUUGCUGAACAAUGCAGUGUUGUUCAGCUCGGUCCUCUCAGGGAGUUGCUUCAAGCCGUGGGCUGGACAGGUGACGGAGGCCUGCGACUCCAAGUGGUUGACUUACAAAGUGGGGCUUGCAGCUGAUGCCCAGGGCAGAGUCGAAGCUGCCAUGGAGAGACAGGGAAUGGUUUUCAUCCGCGGGGAGGGACAUUCCGCUUAUCAUCCAGAGCUGAAGAUCCGAAACUUUCAAAGGAACCUGCUCCUCCUUCACCCACAGCUUCUGCUCCUGGUGGACCACAUCCACCUGGAUGCUGACAGCCCAACCAGGGCCAUGAGUGCCUUCUUUCACAACACAGAUCUGCCAUUCCAGGACACAAAAGUAGAUGGUGUUCAUGGAGCAUUUGUAUCACACGGUCAGGACAAGUAUAAGAUGUUCUGGAUGGAUGACACAGGCUACAGUAGCAGAGGGAUGUUAGGUUACUGGAAUUACCCUCGAGGGUACCCGUAUAACGGCUCCAACUAUGUGAACGUCACAAUGCCAUUGAGGUACCCUCACACCCGGGUGGCCUACAUUUUCUUUGGACCAGGGGUGGAUGUGCAGAGCUUCAGCCUGCGUGGUGAUGACCAGCGGGUGGAUAUUUACCUGGCUACCAAGGACCACACCUACACCAUCUACCUUCUGACCGGAGAGGUCACCAGCAAGCCUCUUUUUGCCAUGGUGCUGUUGGACCACAAGAAGAUCGUAUUCGAGAAGGCGGCGGCUGUGAUGGAGAGCUCACCAGAGGAAGUAGAGGAAUACGUCAACGUGAUGGAGGACAACCUCCAGCAUGUCAAACCCGUCUUCCAGCAGAUGGAGAGACACAUCCUGGGAAGGGUUCUCAACACUGCCAGCUUCCGUAAGACUGCAGAGCGCCUCCUCCAGUUCUCCGACAAAAAGAAUACGGAGGAGGUCAUCGAGAAGAUGUUCGCCAUGUCCAAGAAACAGGGCAAGGGUAAGGCGGGGAAGAAAGUGAACCUCGGGGAGAAGCUUUCUGAGAGUCUACCUGACAUUUUUGCACAGAUUGAGGUGAGUGAAAAAAAGGAGAGACAGAGGACUUCAAAGCGUGUUUAUGAGGACAGCCCAGAGGAAGGAGACGCAGAGUCUCGGGCCUUUAUGGAUUAUCCAGACGGCCGCAAAAACAGAAAGGGGGGCUUUGUAAAGGGCCGCAAAUUUAAGGAGGUUCACAUGGUGGCCACUGCAGGGAGCGAGGGUCUGUCCAGCACAGCCUCUUAUAUAAGACUGUUCCUUCUCCUCAACACUGCCACCUUCUUUUUGUUGCUGGCUGUGUUACUGACUCGCUUUCAGAGGGGUCGAAGCUUGCACACGCAGAGAUGUUUCUACACCAUCCUCCUGAUUGACUGCUUCAUCUUACUGUACCUCUACUCCUCCUGCUCUCACACACAGUGUUAACAUCAUGGGCGUGUGAGGGGUCAUCCAACUACAGAUCGACUGACCUGUUGUUGAUGGUGAACGAAAUGCACCCCACACCUCAGUCUGAGCCAGAUCUACUUCUGACAGAGUAAUUAGGGUCACUGUUAAGAAACAAAAAUAGACAUUUUUGAGUAUAAAGUUGUAAUAUUUUGAGAAUAAUGUCAUAAUUGUCCAAGAAAAGGUUGUAUUAUUAUGGGUUUUUUAAUAGUCAUACGCAAUCUAUUAGAUUUUACUGAAACGGUUACAAAAUGCAUCAGG